GGGAAACUACAUGGACUUAUUUGCUCUUCUACUGUUAAUAAUAAUUCGUCCACCCACCACGCCCCCCAAUAUGAACUGUCUUGAUUAACAUCACCGCCGGUCAUCUCCGGCGAACUCCUCCAAACAAUGGAUCAAUCCUUUCUACUAAUGCUUACAAAUCUCCUUCAUCUGCACAACCACCUUGACCCCACCACUUCUCUCCUCUCCGAUUCACCCACCUCCCCUACUACCCUCCUCACCUCUACUUCCCCCGCCCCUCUCCUCUUCUUCACCAUCGCUUCAGUUCUCUCCUACCUCUCCACCCACCCCCCCAAGAAAACCCCCAAAACAAACAACAACAAUAAUAAUAAUAACAACCCUUCUUCCCCACCCCCCACCAACCCCGAAUUCUCCGUUUCAGCUUUCCGUGCACUUUCCACUGAACACAUCUGGGCUAUGGAGGCACCUCUUCGUGACGCUCAAUGGCGUUCCCUCUACGGACUUUCAUAUCCCGUUUUCACCACUGUUGUUGAUAAGCUCAAACCCUACAUUACUCAGUCUCAACUCUCCUUACCUUCUGAUUACGCUGUUGCUAUGGUUCUUUCUAGACUCUUCCAUGGGUUCUCUGCUAAAACCCUAGCUACCCGUUACGGCCUUGAACCUUACCUCAUCUCCAAGAUUACUAACAUGGUCACCCGUUUGCUGGCUACGAAGCUUUACCCUGAAUUUAUUAAGAUCCCUGUCAGUCGAAGGCGGCUUGUUGAGACCACUCAAGGGUUUCAGGAGUUGACUUCGUUGCCUAAUAUAUGUGGAGCUAUUGAUGGAACGGCUGUGAAGUUGCACCAUCUUUCAUCCGAUACUGUUAAUUCGUCUAUGUAUUAUACUCGGUACGGGUUUCCGUCUGUGUUGCUUCAGGUUGUUGCUGAUCAUAAGAAGUUAUUUUGGGAUGUUUGUGUGAAAGCCCCCGGCGGAUUUGAUGAUGCUACGCAUUUUAGAGAUAGUUUGUUGUAUAAUAGGUUGAUUUCUGGUGAUAUUGUUUGGGAUAAAGGGAUUAAUGUUAGAGGACAACAUGUGAGGCCGUAUAUUGUUGGGGACUGGUGUUUUCCAUUGUUGUCGUUUUUGUUCACUCCAUUUUCUGGGAAUAGGACUGGAUCGCCUGCUGAGAAUGCCUACGACGAGGCUUUGUUGAAGGGGAGGAAGAUGGUUGAGGAAGCCAUAGGUUUGUUGAAAGGAAGGUGGAAAAUUCUUCAGAAUUUGAAUGUGGGACUAAGUCAUGCACCACAAACGAUCGUUGCUUGUUGUGUGUUGCAUAACUUGUGUCAGAUUGCGAGGGAGCCCGAGCCAGAGCUUUGGAGAGAACCAGAAGAAAAUGGUUCCCCUCCAAGAGUGUUGGAAAAUGAGAAGUCUUUCUAUUAUUAUGGUGGAAGCGCGAGGCAGGCCUUGGCUGAUGAUCUAUAUCAACGGCUCUCUUCAAGAUAGAGAGAAUUUACCAGAACGAGGGAAAUCUUCCGAUGCUUGCUUUGAUGAUCCCGAGUCAUCAACCACACACAGGACUGAGAGAUGAAAUCACACAAUGAUUCUUCAGUUACGAAAUCUGGAGUAGUUUUCUUCUGUUUUUCCUUUCUUAAGUGAUAAUGAGACAAUUGCCCCCAAAGGAGCCCACACAUCAGUUAUCCUUGAACGUUUAAAUGCAUGAGAAGCUGCUCUUAGGCAACUCCAUAGCAUUUGGUAUAUGCCCGUGAAGACACUGAAAUUAAGUAUGAGCUAGAUCAAAAUUUCUAUGCCUAAGGAACAGGAUAUGAAAUUUAGUGCAAUUGAGCUUUUACAUUGAUUUUGGUUCCCACUAGUUGUAGAUGAUUCCAUGGUUCAAUGUUAUUGAAUACCUGAUAUUUACUUAAACAUUGGAGAGUAGAACUACGGCCAAUGUGCCAUUCUUGUUUGUAUGAUCCAAUAUAAUCAAUGGGAGCCAUUUCUUUUCCCAA